AUGCGUGCCUUCUCGCUCCUUGUUGGCUGCGUCGCCCUGCUCGGCACUGUCCAGGCACGUCCUGAGCCGCCAUCGCCAUACUAUGGAUUACCCCAGCAGCAGAGUCAGCGUGCGCUACCACUGAAUGUGCAUAAUGCGCCGUCACACAUCUACCAGGCGCUGCCCCAGGAGCAAUCGUUCGCCAACUUCGGCGCGCAUCCAGCUCAGCCACAAAUGAACUACCUGCCACCCGUUCAGCAGCAGCAGCAGCAGCAGCUGGAGGAGCAGCUGGCACCCGCAACUGAGCAACUGAGCGCCUAUGAUGACUCCUACAACAUGGCGCAUCGCUUGUCGGGCGUGCAACAUGCCAGCGGCUAUAACAAUGCACCACAGGAGACGCGCGUCCACAAGCACAUCUAUGUGCAUGUGCCGCCCAAGGAUUUUGAGGACGAGGAUGCGGUGCAGCCACGUGUGCACCAUGAGCUGGGACCCAAACAGAAGCACUACAAGAUUGUCUUCAUCAAGGCGCCAUCGGCACCAGCGCUGCGUGCACCAGUUGUGCCACCGCCACCACAGAACGAAGAGAAGACUCUGAUCUAUGUGCUGCACAAGAAGCCCGAUCAGGAACAGGAUAUUGUCAUACCUUCACCGCCACCGACCAAGCCAUCCAAGCCCGAGGUCUACUUCAUCAAGUACAAGACCAAGAAGGAGGAGGCGCCCGUCUAUGGACCACCGCCGGCCGAUAUGGAGCCGCGCCAGUCCACCGCCGAGGACUUUGCACCCAUGGCCGAUGUGGCCGAUGUGCUGCCCACGACCAGCGCACCCGAGUCGGAGCAGCCCGAGCAGCCCUCAUCCAUCUACGGUCCACCCACAGCGCCCGCCUACACGGGCGAGGAGGUGCAAACUACGCUGACCGCACCCGCCCAUCAAUAUCUGCCGCCUGCAACGGCAUCCGCUGCUCUCAGCAACAUUGAGGAUCCCUCGAUGGCGCCCAUCAUUGUCGAGGAGCCCGCCGAGCAGCGCCAGGCCAUAGAGGGGCCAGCACCGACGUCCGGCCAUGUGCCCGCCUCCAACUACGGUCCACCCAGUCGCUACUUCCUGAAGAAGCUCAAGUGA